UGUGUGUGUGUGUGUGUGUGUGUGUGUGUGUGACAGAGUAGAGAACGAGUCUGAAGAAGCCAGGAACAGUUCGUCAAGCAGCUCCGCGGAUCUGGUGUUUGUUUCUGUUUCUUCCACAAACCUGACGCAGAAGAACGCAUCCGUGAGCAGACAAUGAUGACUGCAUCUGUGAGCAGAUUGUGUGCAUUUUGGUGUUGUGUGUUUGCUGUCCUGUCCUUAACAACAGCUGAGGAAGCAGAGAAGCCGGCGGCCGGACGAAAGUCUCGUCAGGCAGAAGAGGAGGCGCUUGAAGGAGUGUGGGGUCCAUGGAGCGAGUGGGUGGAGUGUUCUCAGAGCUGCGGAGUGGGCGUGUCUGAGAGGCGGAGACAGUGUAUGCCACCUCCCCAAACUCCGCCUCUUAUGUGGAACCGACCGGCUUACAUUCCACCAGGUGUCCCAAACAACACCCCUGUGAUCUCUGCGGUCAGACCCUACUACAACUCCUUGUAUCCCGUCAACGAGCCCCCUCCAUUUGGAGCAGGGGGCGCUGAGAUGCCUCCUUACUUUUCCCCGCCUCUCCCAGCCAAUCCCAAUCCUGGAUUACCGCUCUACCGAAACGAAGCCGACGGCGCUGCUCCAAUGCAGUUCGGCCCACCCAAUCAGGAGCCGGUUUCAGUGUACCGUUCACCUUCCUCAUCCGCUUCACUUCCCUACGGGAGAGUUCCCGCACGGUCGCCCAAUCACGGCAGAGCUGUAGGCAGUGGAAGCAGGAGGUCGGUUUCCACCAAUAGGAAUCCAGCAUCUGUAAGAAGGUCUAGUUCUUCUAUUCGUCCCGGACAGUUUGGGUAUGGCAGGGUACCGUUCUCUCUUCCCCUACACAGACAAAACCGUCACGCUCGACACACACGCCGCCACAACACCACCACCACCACAGAAAGUCUGGAUGCUCUCAGUGUGAACUCCAGCGCACUUGUGCAUAAAACACAGGGAGAAGUAGAACAAAUGAUCACAGACACUGUUAAUAGAGAACAAAAGGAGAAGGAAAAGGAGACGGAGGCAGCAGACGUGGAGACUGAUGUUGCAGCCGAGAAAACAAGUGAUGGAGAGCCACACAGAGGCGUGGAGAGAGUGCGGGAACACGAGCGAAUCACACAGCCCCUGACCCAGAGACACGUGGCCCACGACAGACGCGUCGAUGGACGCUCUUCUCGCCAAGUCCCACACUCCUACACACACACCGUCCAGCGAUCACACACUCCCAGAGAGCCUCCUCCCUACGGCCUCCAGACUCCCACAAACCCAAACCCCGAGCCCUGGGUCCUGCAGAACGCUGCCCAGCCUUCCAGAAACGAAGCUGAGAGGGACCGGAGGCCUCCAGGGGCUGCCAACAACUACAGAUGCCCUGGACGAGACAGAGAGUACCGCAGGUGCAGCCUACAGGCAUGUCCAGGUGCUCCAGUAAGCUCCAGGGCUGAACAGUGUGCAGCGUUCAACAAUCAAGAGUUUAUGGGACGCGUGUAUGACUGGGAGCCUUUCACAGAAGUGGGUCUGGAGCAGCAGUGUGAGCUGACCUGUCGACCGGUUGGGUAUCGUUUCUACGUGCGGCAGGCGGAGAGGGUACGAGAUGGAACGCCCUGCGCAAAUAACACACCCAACGAUGUGUGUGUGGGAGGACGCUGUCUGAGCGAGGGCUGUGACGGUGUGUUGGGCUCAGGGUUGGUCCGGGAUCGCUGUGGCGUGUGCGGCGGGGAAGACGGCACCUGUGAGAGGGUCACGGGAAGUUUCCUGAACACCAGCGUCCCGCUGGGCUACCACAAAAUCCUGGACAUCCCACCCGGAGCCACGGCCAUCAACAUCACUGAGAGACGAGCCAGUCCCAACUAUCUGGCCCUGCGCAGUGGAACAGGUCAGUCGGUGGUGAACGGACGCUGGGCGGUCGAUCCUCCGGGAGAGUAUCAGGCAGGAGGAACCACCUUCCUGUACAGCCGACCCAAAGCUGGGCCUCAAGAGCAGGGAGAAGAGAGAGGAGAAACCCUCAGUGCUCCUGGACCCACAACAGCCCAGCUGCAGCUAUACAUUAUUUUCCACAGGCAGAAUCCAGGCAUAGACUAUGAAUAUUACAUCCCAGUGGAGAAACGGAGGGACGGAGAGAGAGAAAUACACAGAGAGAGAGAGCGAGGACAGGCAGCGCUCCGAGAAAUCAGUGGCUUCUCAGUGGCAGUGGAGAACCCUAUCGCUCCUCCUCCUGUGACGUCUUCUGCCUCCUCACCUCCAUUUUCAUUCCCUUCCUCCUCAUCUUCCUCAUCUUCCUCAUCAUCUUCCUCUGUGUCUGAUCGAUGGCCACAAGAGAGGCUCCGCCCACAGGGCUUAGGACCCAAUCGUAACGCUCGAAUCCCUCCAAGAACGGACCUCCCAUUGGACAAUCAGCCUGUGUUCGUGUGGCGAAGAGGCGCGCUGACAGAAUGCACUGCUACCUGUGGAAAAGGCUCUCAGUACAGAGAGAUUGUGUGUGUGAAUCGACACACAGACCAGGAAGUCCAUGAGAGGAGGUGUGACUCCGCAACCAAACCUGCUCCGGAGGAGGAACCGUGUAACGUUCAUCCCUGUCCACCAUUCUGGGAUAUGGGCGUGUGGUCCGAGUGCAGUGUUUCCUGUGGCUGGGGUGUGCAGCAGCGUCACAUACAGUGCAGGCAGAGUUUUGGGAAUCGCUCAACCAUGGUUCACCCUCAGCGCUGCGCCAGUCUCACCCGCCCCAACGCCACGCAGCCCUGCCACCCACGCGUCUGCUCGCACUGGGAGAUCAGCACCAACUGGAGUGCGGUAAGACUACAGGAUGACUACAGUGUGUGCAAGUCUGGUCACAUAGACGUGUUUGAGCUGUCUGUGUGUGUGUGUAAAUGUGUCUGUUUCCCACAUUGCUCAGUGGAUUGUGGAGUGGGAAAGAGAACCCGGAGCAUACGCUGUGUCAGUGACCAUGGCAACACUGUGAAUGAGAGAGAGUGCAGUGACAGGCUCCACCCACAGCGCACAGAGGACUGUCACAUGGGUCCUUGUGUCACUAACUGGUACUUCACGGACUGGACAAACACUUGCUCUGCGACGUGCGGGCCGGGCGUCCAGCGGAGAGAGGUGGUGUGUUUGACCGGCGGAGGCAGGAGAGAAGGAGACGGAGGAGUGGAGUGUGGGGGGGAGAAACCGGCUGAUAUGAAGGCCUGUAACGGGGGACCUUGUACACCCACCCACCUCUGGUACACCGGACCCUGGGCACAGUGUAACGCAGCGUGUGGAAACGGCACCCAGCGCAGGGACAUCAUCUGCGUGAGGAAGACAGGAAGUGACUUCACCGUGAGCGCCGCCAGUGAGUGCUCACACCUGGAGAAACCGUCUCCAGUGCAGCCGUGUGAACUGCAGCCCUGCAAACCGCAGUGGUUCACCACCGAGUGGAGCACGUGCUCUCGGUCCUGCGGUGAAGGGGUGCAGACGCGGGAGGUGUGGUGUCUCACUGCAGACAAACAGCACAACACAGCCUGCGAUCUGGACUCCAAACCUGCCCACGAGCGCUCCUGCAACACCAUACCCUGCAGUCCCUUCGAAGAUGAGAACUGUAAGGACAGACGGCAUAACUGCAUAAUGGUGGUCCAGGCUCGACUCUGCGUCUACUCCUACUAUAAGACCGCCUGCUGUGCGUCCUGCACCCAGAGUGCUCAGCGGGCCAAAAGACAUUAACCCUGCACGAGCCACAGAGAAGUCAGGUUCAGAGAUUCACCACCAGAGCCCAAACUCAGCCAAUCAUAGUUCUAUCAGAGGAAACAGCCAAUCAGAGGCCAUUCAGGUUCAAAAGGAAUUUCAGGAGAAAAUUCCAACUUGAACUGAGCUGAGAUCAGGAUCCCUUUAAAGAAAGUUUUAAAAUGUUACCGCAUAUGGGCUCAUAGGCUCAAAUGAUUGACAGUAGCUCUUUCCCCAUUGAUGACGAGUGUUCAGUACACUAUACUGUCAAAUACUCAACCAUUCCUUAAAUCAUCUUUAAACAAAUGCACUGAAGUUACAGGUCCACAUUCUGGACACGUAUAUGAAGAUAUUGCUAAGUGGGAACAAUUCUAGAAGUUGCCUUUGUGCUUUUGUCACACAUGAAGUGUUUCAUAACGGUUUACUUUAAUUGCAAGUAAGUGGAUACAGAAUCUGGUAUUUGAACUAAUAUUCUGCCUCAUUUAUUCAGUUUAUUUGUGCGACCGAAGUAUGAUAAAACACGCAGAUAAAGCAUCAGUUACACACCUAAUGUGCGUCCUUCACUCCUAAGUAUGUUGCAUUAGCACUAAAAACUUACUGUUUUUGUUAGUAAGUAAAAAAGCGAAAGAUUCUCCAAUUAAAAUUACAUACUUAUUGCAUAAAACUUGUGAGCAGCGAUACAUUUUUACUUAAACAUUGAUUCUCCGCUCAAAAACAGUGCCUUUGACCUUGUCUCAGUCCUCUAAAUGGUCCUUAAGAUAUCAGUACUUCAGCAAGGACAUAAAUAUUCCAGCAUAAGUGCUCUUGACUGUCUAAAUAUAGCACACUUAGUGCUGACAGUCAGUCCUACAGAUCAUAUAUGAGUGCAGUGUGAACAGAAAUCUGGAAAUCUAUGAAUCUAGUUCAUCAUUAAGCUAUAAAGAGAAGAUGAGCAUCAUGAUCAGCUCUUUUUAUUUGAUUCAGUCUAUAUUUCUUUAGGUCGGUUUUGUCUGAAUGUACAUCAGUCCUUUUAGUGUUUCAUGUUUUUGUCAUUUUUUGUGUGACAUGUUUUUUUUUGGGGGGGUGCGGGGUGCUUUAUUGUUAUUUCUGGCUGUUUUUAAUGGUUCCCACAUUGUAAAUUAAAGCAAUAGUUCACCCAAAAAUGAAAAUGUGCUCACCCUCAGGUCAUCCAAGAUUAGGA